ACUCUACUGAUCUUGGUCUUCAGUAUAUGCUCUUAAAACUCAAAUUGGGGUACCCUUCUGGGCUUUCAAUUGGUCACCUUCUGAACACCAUCCACUCUCCUCUUACAAGCAAGUUCGCCAGGUACCAUUGCCGUCACUUUCUCUCGAUCUGUCUCUCUUCCCAUCUAAACUCUUUCUUAUAUACAGGGAACGACUAGUAACAUUAGGCAAGUUCUUCUCCUUUAGCUUCUUUUGGAGUUGUUUCCUGUGGAUGUUUUCCGGUGGGAGGAAUUGUGGGUUUUCUACCUUACCCAUAUUUGGUUUCGCAGCACGAGAUAAGAGCUUCUAUUUCGAGUUCUACACGGCACAUGUUGGGGUAGGCAUGUUGUGUCCAUACAGCACAAGCUUUUCGGUGUUAGUUGGAUCAAUUCUUUCUUGGGGAAUCUUGUUCCCAUUUUUACGAAGUAAAAGGGGAAUCUGGUACGAUUCAAACGCGAACGCGCGCUUUGACUACAUUGGUUUUGGAGGUUACAGAGUAAAGUCUUGUUCAUUAAUAUUCCUAAUUAAUUAAACAUAUCUAUAUAUAUUUGAGUCAUUAAUUAUAUAUUAACCAUGAGUGCUGCAUACAACUCUCUCUCUCUCUCUCUCAGAUAUUUUUAAUUUCUUUCUUAAACAUGCAUGAUAUGUACGUGCAGUUCACCCUUGGUUUGGCUAUAAUGCUCGGUGACAGCGCGUUCCACGCCUUCAAACAUAUUGUUACUAAUUGGAUCUGCAAAUCAAGGAACAAAGGGACUACCGCUGUGAUCAGCAGCGGUACUGAUAAUCAUCAUGAUCAUCUUCAUCGCCAUAUUCCCGUUAAUGCUGGGCCCCUAUUCUCUGACCCGGAUCAUGAGAGCAAUGAUAUUGCUAGUACUAAUUGCUGUACUGAUACUAGGAUCAGGAACCAAAACUUCCUCAACGAGUUAAUCCCAAACAAGGUAGCAAUAGUCGGCGUUGUUGCUCUUGUGGCUGUCGCUGCAAUAUCACUUCCUAUACUCUUCCCUCCUGUCAAAUGGUACUACGUCUUGUGCAUGUACGCAAUUGCCGGUCCUGUAGCUUUCAGCAGAGCACACGUCGCCGGCCUGACCGACAUGAACCCUACUGCAAAUUUUGGAAGGGCGGCCAUGUUCGUCUUUGGAGCUUGGGCUGGAGUCAAUCAUGGCGGUGUUCUUGUGGCUCUAGUCGCUUGUGGGGUGAUGAUGAGUUUUGUCAGCCCUGCUUCUCAACUCAUGUCAGACCUGAAAACUGGAUACUUAACCCUAGCUUCCUCAAAGUCUAUAUUCGUGAGCAAAAUCUUUGGGAAUAUGAUUGGCUGCAUUAUCUGUCCUCUCAUCUUUAAAUACUACCGCUCACAUUAUCGUGGUUUCGGUGGUCCUAAAUCACCCUUUUCGGUCCUUAUGGCUCCAUAUUUUAGAGAAGGUGCAAUCGCCGGUCUGCAAGGAUAUAAAGGUUUGCCAAUGUACGCGGUGCAUUUUUGCGUCGCUUUCUUCAUUGCAGCCAUCGUCAUCAAUAUAAUCAAAGAGCUUUUACCGGAGAAGGUGUCGAAAUAUGUUCCAAUUCCGAUAGCAAUGGGAAUACCAUUUCAUGUUGGAGGCUACAUUUCUAUCAGUUUCUGCAUUGGGUCCUUGAUACUUUUUCUGUGGAGGAGGAAGAACAGGGCUACGGCUGAUGCAUAUUCACAAAUAGUUGGUACGGCUUUGCUUUGUGGAGAAGGGUUUUGGGUUUUGAUUGAAUCCAUACUCGCUUUGGUUAAUAUUUUGCCCCCUGCUUGCGCAACGUUUCUUCCAGGGCAGUAUUGAGUAUACUUAACUCUGCUUGCAUGCUAAUUAAAAGCAAGCUAGCAUGAAAAGCAAGCUAGCAUAGCAUGCACCACUUCAUUUUUCAUUUUUAGUUAUAGCAGAAUUGUAUUAUAUAUUCC